AUGACUUCGAACCCCGACAGACCUACCAUCUCCUCCUCUUCGUCGUCGUCUUCCUCUUCGCUGUUGGACAUACCAUCCCCUCCAUCUCGAUCCGAAUCACUUACACCGAAACAUGGUCCAUUGGCGCUGAACGCCUUUGAAGCUCUGGAGAAUGAGGGACCCUCCCCUGCCGAAGGGGAUGAACCGAAUGGACAUGAGGGACGGGAAGAAAGGCUGAGAAGGAGGAAUCUAGCUAAGAGCGGUAUAGGUAUUGACGAGUCCGUGGCGAGUUCAAGUGGAAGUGGGAGUGUGGGAUCGUUAGAUGUUGACGAUGACGAGAGGGAGAAUGAAGGGUUCAAGGGACAUAGGAGAACAAGUUCGUUAGGUGAAGCUAGAAGGAAAAUGAGAGAAAAGAUAAGAUCACCUUUGGUUAGUACGAUCAAAUUGGAUGAGUUGAGAGAUACAUUGGAGAUUGGGAUAGAGAAGAAAUUCGCACCUCUCAGUAUACCACCUCAUCGACGACUCCAGACUGCAGCAGUAGCCUUGUGGGCUCUGCUGAUCCCAAUAUGCUUGAUCGUGUUCCUCUUAUGUCUAUCAUUUCCUCCAUUUUGGGUCGUUCUGAUUCCAUAUCUCAUCUGGACACAAUUCGAUACUGCACCGGAUUAUGGAGGUAGACCAAAAGAAUGGGCGAGGAGAUUCUUUUUCUGGACAUACUUUGCUCAAUACUAUCCUUGCAGCAUUGUCAAGGAAGCCGAACUUACACCUGAUAGACCCUAUCUCUUUGGAUACCACCCUCACGGUAUCAUAGGGAUGGGAGCAUUCGCAACAUUCGCUACAGAGGGAACGAAUUUCUCGGAAUAUUUUCCAGGGAUCAAACCUCAUCUUCUCACUUUAGAAUCAAAUUUCAAGAUCCCCUUCUACCGCGAUAUUCUCAUGGCUCACGGAAUAUGUUCAGUAGCUAAGAAAUCUUGUGCAAACAUCCUUUCUCAAGGUCCCGGAACAGCUAUUGCUAUUGUCGUUGGCGGUGCGACGGAAUCGCUCUCUGCGCAUCCUGGUACGGCCGAUCUGACGCUGAAGAGAAGAUUCGGAUUUAUCAAGAUGGCUAUAAGGGAGGGGGCGGACCUGGUACCUGUAUUUAGCUUUGGUGAGAAUGAUAUAUAUGAGCAGUUGGCAAAUGCAAAAGGAUCAUGGGUAUAUAAGAUCCAGAAGAACUUUCAAAAGAUGUUUGGGUUUACCUUGCCUCUGUUUUAUGGUAGAGGUCUUUUCAAUUAUAAUUACGGAUUGAUGCCUUUCCGUCAUCCAAUCGUCUCAGUUGUCGGUAAGCCAAUACACGUGAAGAAGGAUCCUCAUCCAUCAGAUGAAGCUGUACAGGAAAUGCAGCAGCUGUAUAUCGAGGAGCUCAUGAGGAUAUGGGAUAGAUACAAGGACUUGUAUGCGAGAGGAAGGACCAAGGAAUUGACUUUGGUGGAGUAG